AGUGACGUCCCAGGAGGCGGAGGGGCAACCAACUAACAGGCUCGGCGCCCUCCCGGACUCCUCCCAGUGCGGGGUCUGUGGGUUCUUGGGAGAUGCGGCUGCCUUGGUGGCAGUUGCCUGAACGCAGCUGCCUGUUUGCCCACUUCUCUGCCUUAGUCCCAGAGUGUUGGGACGCACUGGAGUUCAGCAAUGCAGCCGGGACCAGCGCUGCAGGCCGUGUUGCUGGCGGUGCUACUGGCAGAACCGCGGGGUUCGAAGGGUCGCCUGCUGAGCGCCUUGGACUUGGACCCCAAAGGAGGGCAGCUGGUCUGCCGGGGAGGGACUCGGAGGCCUUGCUAUAAAGUCAUUUACUUCCAUGAUGCUUUUCAAAGACUGAACUUUGAGGAAGCCAAAGAAGCCUGCAGGAGGGAUGGGGGCCAGCUAGUCAGUAUCGAAACAGAAGAUGAGCAGAGACUGAUAGAGAAGUUCAUUGAAAACCUCUUGGCCUCCGAUGGUGAUUUCUGGAUUGGCCUCAGGAGGCUGGAGGAGAAGCAGAGCAACAACACAGCCUGCCAGGACCUUUAUGCUUGGACAGAUGGGAGCACAUCACAAUUUCGGAACUGGUAUGUGGAUGAACCUUCUUGUGGCAGCGAGGUCUGCGUGGUGAUGUACCAUCAGCCAUCAGCACCACCCGGCAUCGGGGGCUCAUACAUGUUCCAGUGGAAUGAUGAUCGAUGCAACAUGAAGAACAAUUUCAUUUGCAAAUAUGCUGAUGAGAAACCAAGUGCAACAACUUCAAUAAGGCCUGGAGGUGAAGCAACUGAGCCAGCAACACCAGUACUUCCAGAAGAAACACAGAAAGAAGACACCAAAGAAACAUUUAAAGAAAGCAGAGAGGCUGCUUUGAAUCUUGCCUACAUCCUAAUCCCCAGCAUUCCCCUUUUCCUCUUACUUGUGGUCACUUCAGCUGCAUGUUGGGUUUGGAUCUGUAGAAGAAGGCAACAGCCAGAUCCUACUACAAAGGAGCAACACACCAUUUGGCCCACUCCUCACCAAGAAAACAGCCCCAACUUGGAUGUUUACAAUGUCAUCAGAAAACAAAGUGAAGCUGAUUUAGCUGAGCCCCGGCCAGACCUGAAAAACAUCUCAUUUCGGGUGUGUUCUAGUGAAGCCACUCCUGAUGAUGUAUCUUGUGACUAUGACAACAUGGCUGUGAACCCUUCAGAAAGUGGGUUUGUGACUCUGGCAAGUAUGGAGAGUGGAUUUGUGACCAAUGAUAUUUAUGAGUUCUCCCCCAACAGAAUGGGGAGGAGCAAGGAGAGUGGAUGGGUGGAAAAUGAAAUAUAUUACUAAGACAUAUGAAAAAACUGGCCAAAAAAAAAUGAGAAAAGAAAAGCAAAAGCCUCUUAUUUCUCACAAGGAAAAUGUUCAGAAAGUGUAUGAAGAUGCUCAUAUCAGUUCUUAGGGUGAGCACAGAAUCUCCACAAGUUCUUACUGGGUCCCCAAGUUCUGGCUGUAUCCCUUAUCCCAGAGACUCACCCAGCUCAGCCUUGUGAGAAGGCACCUUACCUAGGGGCUGCCACAUAGCAGACCAUCAAUAAUGGUUAACCAGUGGGUUACAACUGGUGUUCAAGGACUGAUGCUUCCAAUAGUCAGGACAAAGGUGUGACCAAGGAGCUUGAAAGCCUGCCUCUAGGUUCUAUUCUCCUUGCUCUCUACAGCAGCACAUGCAAUCACAAAAAGACGGAAUCUUCUCAAAGCCUAUGUAUGGAAGCCCCAGGCUGGCCUGCACAUCAGUGAUUCACAUAUCUGCCCCCACCCCAAAUAAAAUCCAAUAAAAAGCAGGAAACAGAA